AUGGCAACCAACGCCCAAGUCUGUCCCGUCGUAGGAACAACAAACACCAUCCUCCCCCCAUCCCACCCCGACUUCGACGCCUCCAAGCCCGGCCUCGUCUGCCCCGUCACCAACGCCUCAACCGACCAUCACCACCAACUGCACAAGCACCCUGGUCUCCCACCCAAUAUCUCAGACAAGGACGCCAAGUCCUGCCCAGCUCUGAAGGACCAGAUCAACAACGAAGAGAACAAGGCUUUGGACGAGGGGAUUUGCCCGGUUGUAGGACCGGUCUCGACGGUCCUCCCGCCGGAUCAUCCUACGCCGAAGGAGGGAGCGGAGGUUUGCCCCAUUACGAAGGCGACGUUGAAGCAUCACAAGGAUAAGGUUGUUAGCCAUCCGUCUGUGGAGGGAGCCGCUGAGGGUGCGGUUUGCCCUGUUGUUGGGAAGAAAGCGUAA